UCCUAUUCCGAGGAUUUCACGAAGCCCUCGAUUACAUGUUGUACCCCCAGCUGGAAACGGUGCAAGACACUAUUUUGGAGAAAAAAACAUCGGUCUUCAUCAGGAGAAAGGAGAAGCGAUCAAACAACGUUACGUCAAAUACCUUCUGUGUUAAACGAAUCAGUUGAUUUGUACGCUACCGGUUUUCAAAUUGACGAAGACCCCACAGCAAUCUUCAAUAAUGAUGCGUUCGUGAGGGAGUGGGACGCUCUUAACCAACCCAUACUUCCAGACAACACCGAUAAUGCUGUCUCAUCACACGGCGGGGCUGUGGUGCCAGAUGAGGAGCUGCUGCUAAACGACGCGGAGGAUGUGAUUUCGUUUAUUGAUGCUGUAUCGGAUUGUACGGAGGACGAUGCGAAUAAUCAGGAGUGUGUGGAAGAGACAGUUAUCGAAGCGGAUGAAAAUCUACCAUCAAAUCAACAGAACUUUUCCCAUGAUUUGUUGAUGGAAUUGCGUGAACAGAAUCGAUUGGCGGACGAGAAGCUGGAUAUUAUUUCAGAGAAUGUCAAACGUCUUUGUGACUGCGUCCACAUGGUGAUGACAAACUCAGAAGAACAAGGAAGUCUUAUACGGUUUAUUCUCGAUCGAGUUGGUGCCAAUCGCGAGAUGUUGAAUAAAAUUGAAAAGAUUCUCCAGGACGAAUUCCGAGAAAGCCAGCUCAUGGUAAAUAUAUUGACUAACAUCAAUAACGCUGUCAUAGAACAUAUAAAAUAACUAAUUGUGUUUAUGAUUGAUUUGUGUUAAAAGGGUGUUGUUG